AUGAGGAUGAGCCGCUGCAGUCAUUUGCCAGGAGUGCCGCCGGAGUACCCACGCCUGCCAGCACCUGACGGCAAGACCCUGCCCGGUGGCAGCAGUGGUGGCCCAGCCGGCAGCUGCCCGCAGUAUGUUAUGCAGGUGUCGGCCAAAGAUGGGCAGCUGCUCUCCUCCGUUGUGCGGACGCUUACCACGCAGAGCAGACCCUUUAAUGACCGUCCAAUGUGCAGGAUCUGCCAUGAAGGCAGCAGUCAGGAAGACCUGCUUUCCCCCUGCGAAUGUACAGGGACCCUGGGGACUAUUCACCGCAGCUGCCUGGAGCACUGGCUGUCGUCUUCAAACACCAGCUACUGUGAACUCUGCCACUUCAGAUUUGCAGUGGAGCGCAAACCAAAGCCAUUGGUGGAGUGGCUGAAGAACCCAGGCCCCCAGCACGAGAAACGGACUCUCUUUGGAGACAUGGUGUGCUUCUUGUUUAUCACUCCACUGGCGACCAUCUCUGGCUGGUUGUGUCUACGAGGAGCAGUGGACCAUCUGCAGUUUAGUAGUAGGCUAGAAGCUGUUGGCCUCGUUGCACUCACUGUCGCACUCUUCACUAUUUACCUCUUUUGGACCCUAGUAUCCUUUAGGUAUCACUGUAGAUUAUACAACGAAUGGCGUCGGACCAAUCAGCAUGUGAUACUCCUAAUCCCAAAGUCUGCCAACAUCCCCUCCAACCGGCAGUCCCUGCUGGGUCUGCAGUCCCUCAAAAGGAACUCAAAGGAGACAAUCGUUUAA